AUGGCUUGGAUGCGUGUGCUUCUGUUGACCUUGCUGCCCUCAGUGCUGAUCCUGUUCGUCUUCCCUGGGACUGAAAGUGCAGCUGUGAAAGAUGGAGACGACACUGACGUUCAAGGAUCAUUUCAGAGGGUUUUUCUGCCAGAGUCAGAUGCCUCAAAUUUCUUUAAACGCCGUGGCCGCAGGUCUGUGAGGCACUACGCAGAAAUGAUCGCGGAGCAGAGGCAGUAUUUGGCACAGGCUGAACGCAGAAGAGAAUUCUAUGAGGACAGAAGGAGCAAGUAUGAGAACUUUGUUGAGGAGGAGCGCAAUGAGCAGUAUGAGAGGAACCGAGAGAAGACUGAGCAGUGGAGGGAGUACAACUACGACGGACUCUACCCACGAUACCCCCACCAUCGCCCUGCCAUCUAA